AUGGCUCUAGAAUUUCUUACUGAAGGCUUAAAUUUUAAAUGCGUCGAUGCGGAUUUGGGGAAGAUAUGCGCAGACAACUGCCAACUAAAACUUGAUAAGUGUCAAGAGAUCUGUGAUGAUCCAAACUGCACAUCUCGAUGUCAGGGACAAUGGCUCGAUUGUGUCAACGCUUGCCCUUGCUACUCAGGAUGUCCUGAUGGUUGUCAAAACUGCCCGAAUUCAAUUUGCAAUUCUCCCCUCCAUCAUUUGUUAAUCAUUGAUGGGCGAAUGUCGGAAUGGAACAAGGGAAUGCACUGGAACUCUUACACAGAGGAAAUCGACUACCGCAACUUUGACUACCAGGUCAACGAAUUCGACAUCGAGGAUUCUUGUUACGUGAUGCUCAAUGGAGAGCAUUGGCUUAUUGGUGGCUGGUUCAAUCCAAAUGGAGUCGCAAAAGUAGAGGAUUGCAAAGUCUCCCGCCAAUCUACAACUCUCGAGCUUCCAUUUCACGGGGGUAUGUUUGGAUCUUGCGCUGCUUACAACGGCAAAAUCUGGACAUGUUUCGACGGCAAAGAAGGCCGAGCGAAUCAGUGUAUGACUUUCGAUGGAGUUCGCCAAGAAAUCGUCGCUCAUGAAACGACAAGGGGUCAUGACUGGGCCGAUCUCGUCGUCUACGAGAAUGAAUUGGUCACAAUAGGCGGCUGCGAUGGCGAGGGGGAAGAGCGAGAGUGCCAUGGAUUCACGGAAAUUUACGUCGAAGAGACCGGCUGGUAUUCAAAUCUCGGAUCGAACUUUCCUGUCCACGCGCUUUCAGGCCACGCGCUCGUUUCUGAUCCUCGAGGAAUUGUGAUCAUUACCGAUACGGAAAACAACAAAACUAUCUAUCGCCUUGAUUUUAUUGACCUCCCAAGUGGCGAAUUCGUAUACAGAUGGGACACGCUUGGGAAACUUCGAGCCCCCGCUCUGAACAUUUCUGCGACAAAUCUUCUUGAAGCAGUUUUUGUUGGGUACAACAAACUUGAGCGAAUCACGACCGGACCAUUCGAACUCACCUCUUCUAUCGUCUACGAUACCGGGCUCAACUUGCGCCUUGAUCAUGCGCCAAUGCUGAUUGUCGAUGAAAACUUUUGCAAAGAAUAA